AUGUGUACGUUUUGUUGUCUUCAGUUUAACUCAGUUGCAAACGAGAACCAUACCCACCCUGACUCAGUGGAAGGAAUUGUGGUGCUUGGAAUAAACAGAGCUUAUGGCAAAAAUGCACUCAGUAAAAAUCUUAUAAAAAUGCUAUCAAAAGCUGUGGAUGCUUUGAAAUCUGAUAAGAAAGUACGGACCAUAAUAAUCAGGAGUGAAGUCCCAGGGAUAUUCUGUGCUGCUAAUCUUCCAGUACCAACAAUUGCAGCAAUAGAUGGACUCGCUUUAGGUGGUGGUCUUGAACUGGCUUUAGCUUGUGAUAUACGAGUAGCAGCUUCCUCUGCAAAAAUGGGCCUGGUUGAAACAAAACUGGCAAUUAUUCCUGGUGGAGGGGGAACACAGCGAUUGCCGCGUGCCAUUGGAAUGUCCCUGGCCAAGGAGCUCAUAUUCUCGGCGCGAGUCCUCGAUGGCCAAGAAGCCAAAGCAGUGGGCUUAAUCAGCCACGUUCUAGAACAGAACCAAGAGGGAGAUGCUGCCUACAGAAAGGCCCUGGACCUGGCCAGAGAGUUUUUACCUCAGGGACCUGUUGCAAUGAGAGUGGCAAAAUUAGCAAUUAAUCAAGGGAUGGAGGUCGAUUUAGUAACAGGGUUAGCCAUAGAAGAAGCUUGUUAUGCUCAGACCAUUCCAACGAAAGACAGACUUGAAGGUCUUCUUGCCUUUAAAGAGAAAAGGCCCCCUCACUAUAAAGGAGAAUAAAAGGAAGAGAAAUUCUUAAGAUGCCAAUGUACUAAAUGUACUUCUGGAAGUGUCUUUCGGGUCCACUGUAUGCCUCAGCACAUGGAAUCUCAAUGACCAAAGUGAAGAGCAAAUUAUUCAUAUAGUGUAGCAAGCAUCUGGAAUGGACCCAUCCGUGUACUUCAUUCAAAUGUGUAAAUGUCAUAUUCAUUCAGAUUUGUAAAGCUAGUAGUGUAUAUUGUCAGAAACAGAAUCUAAGUUAGAUAUACAUUUUUAAAUAUUUACUGCAUAUGCGGCUUUCUGUUCUUAAUUUUUUAAUGUGAAUAAUUUAUAUAUUGCACAUUCUAGGGAAUAAUAUUGAUUGUAUGUCUACUGUGCUGCAUUAAGAAAAUAAAAUUUCUAUAUACCAAAAAUGUGAAGUUAUACCAAAUAAAGUUUCUAAGUAAUUAAUGCAUACGAACAGAUACAUAUACAUAUAUCUAAACCUGAAAAAUGAACUGAUAGAUAUUCUGAGUGAAAACUACCUAACACAAAUAAAGUCAGUGAAAAGAAAACAUGGGAA